GUUUUGUAUAUGUACGGAUCACUAGUUGACUGUGCUGCUGUAGCUGUGGCCAACUGGAUUUUGAUGGAUGAUUUUGUGAGGAAAAUGCUGCUGGAAUGGGGGAUGGAGGAGUUAAUACACACUUUCAAGGGAUGUCAGAGCUAUCCUGAUGGACUCUUUUAACGGAGAGAACUGGAUAAUGGAAUGCUUUCUGUACAAUCUCGCAUAAAGGUUGUGCGAAUCCUGGUGUCUUGGUUAAUACAAGAAUUUACAAGCAAGCCACCUACAGAUGUCAAGGUCGCUCUAGCCAAGGCGGUGGUGUCGCAAUUUCCCAAGCUAAAGGACCUUGAAGGAGUAGGUCAUGAAGCAUGGUAUUCUCCAGCUAGGGAGAAACGGGAGGCAUCUGGAUAUUUGGAAUACCGACUUGUAAAUGUACGAAAGAGAGCACAAAAAAGUGCACCAAUUACAUCGGAGCCAAAGAAGACACCCAAAGCCACCAUGGGAGACUUAACAGAUUCAGCAGGACUUCAGGAUUCUUUAUCCAGAGGUUGCAGAUAAGCUGUUCUUAGAGUGGCCCAAAAUAGCUCCCCUGGUACUGAAGUAUGCAGACCUCCAUAACCCGACAUGGCGGGAAUCUUUGACUGUUCCACAUCUCGCAUCUUCUGACUUGACAUGUCCUGCAGCAGAAGUGGAGACCAUGGCACUUCUUGCGCUUCCUCAAAUCUCGCCUCCAGGAAUGAAGAAGGUGGGGAAGCGUAGUAUGAGAUGCAGCAGGGCAGAAUCAUCCAAAGCCUUCAUCAACAUCGGCCCAGUGGGGACAAACCUUCCAGAGUACCUGGAGAACUGCCAGCAAAAGCAAUCUUUUGUGCUCGCCCUUGGGGACAUCCUCAAGCCUGAGCAAGUGUUCGUUAUUUACGGUGGUGCUGCCUUGGAAGCAAUGUCCCUCAUUCACAGAGUGGACCUUUGCCACGGCGGAUUUAUCGCGAAAAAUGUCGAGGGGGGGCUGAAUCAGCCCCCCAGUCUUUUUAGGGUUAAGGCCAUCUAUAUUCUGUGGGUAAAUUAUCCUUGGGAGGCAGCCAACACUUAUGACUUUCUGCAGAAAGUCAUUUACAAGAUGGAUGAUGGAAACCCCAACUGCAAGACCACAACGCCAUCUAGUACCAUUUCCCUUAGGCUUACAUCUCUAAUUUUUCAUCAUAGAGUCCUAGGCAUGGAGUGGUGCAAGAAACUUGCAAUUGAUUGCAAGUCAUUUUCAGGUACCGGCCUAAUCAAUCAUUAAUCUUACAAUCAAUUUCAAAUUUGCAAUUGAUUGCUGGUCAACAAAUAUAAAUUAUUUGCUUUAGUUAAGAUUGUUGUAUCACUUGUAAAUUUUUCAACCAAAAUUUGGGAUUGAUUGUAAAUGUUUUCUUGCAACACCCCCUAAGAAGAACAAACUGCUGUUUGGGGAAUUGUUCCUGGAGUAUGCAGAUUGAAAUGCUAUCUUGUACAUGUGUACUGAAGUCAUAUCAAAACUCCAAGCAAAUUAUACUGUUUGUUUUGACAUAUUUUGCAAAUGUGGGCUACUACCUUUAAAGUCUUAUUCAAACAAGGCACGACAAAGCUCAGCAACUUUUGUGUACAAAGUCAAUGGGAUAUGAGGCGUCAAAUAUGUUUCAGAGACAAAUGACCUCUUUUGAAAAGUAGACCAAUUAAAUUUCUUUAAAUAGCGCAAAAUAAUUUUUCCAGAUGAUCUUUAUACAGGUUAUAGUUAUACUAUGUUACGUGUGAUGAUGCAAAAUGCUUUUUGUGCCACUUUCACCAUUUAACAUAGGAAUUGGUAAGAAGGUCAUACUGGCUGUUACUUGAAUAAAUUCAUGAAAAUGGUCUAAACAAUGACAACAGGCUACAUCUGGAGGAAUAACAUAAUUCUUAAAAAAUUGAAUUUCUCGGAUUGUCAUCAGACCUACCAACUUCUCCUUUUUAAAAGGAGUUACUCCUUUUUAGAAAUUUUAAUAUACAUUUACCAUAUGGUUAAAGAAAUCUUAUUAUCCAGGUAUCUUACACUAAUCUAUGUGAAAUAUGCUGUGACUCCUAUUUUUUAAAUGAAUCAGUCCUAUAUUUAAGUUUACAGGUUGGUAGGCAUGUGGCAUUUUUGAAAAAUUGUUUUUCAAAAACAGGAUCACUGUAAGUAGAAUUUGAUAAAUGAAUAUAAAAAGAGCGGUUUCUUAGCUUUAGGUAAAUUCAGAAUUAGAUUGUCAACGACAUUCAUGAUCAUCUCAUGAAUAUGUUUUUUUUUUCAUUGUACUCUAGUUUUGCAUGAAUACAAUGCCAGCAAUGGCCGAACGCUAUGGCCCGAAUUCACAAAAAAAAUUUCAAACCAUGAGGCGGUUUAACCCUAAAAAGACUGACCUCAACAUUUUUCUCGAUAAAUCUGUAGCUGGUGCCGCGCAGUUCCAUGACUUUAUUCUUGCAAGUCUUGUGCAAUUUUUUAGACCAAAUUUGUGACUCCCGGGUAUGCACUUCCGAAAUUACACAACAUUUCAUAAAUGCAUGUUGACCCAAAAUUGCUCAAAAAAGUGAAUUUUUGUACAAAUCCAAUGUAAAUUGUGUGUUUAGCCAAAAUUCAUAAAUGUAUCAUUAUUUCCCAUUUUACUAAUCAAACUCAGUUUUAUCUUGUUUAUGGUCAGAAUAAAGUUGCGGGCGAUUUCCAGAAAAAAAACAAUAGAAAACUAAAAGUUGAAAAACAAAGUAAAUAAUUUUAAAGAAAUUUUAAAAACCAUAAAAUACAAAAGAAAAGAAUUACGAUAUUGAAUUUCCAAUCAGAAUCCUACAAAGAGUCUGAAUAAAAAAUGGAAGCAUUAUUUAAUUAAUCAGAGCAUUGAUUUUACGUAUAAAUUAGCAUAAUUAUGAGAUUUUUCAACCUAUGUGUAUAUUACAAAUGACAGAAUCUGCCCAAAUGCGCAGAAAAAUGUUAAUAUCUCAAACAACGUUCCCAAAUCACAUUUAACAAUUCCUCUGAAAAAUAUUUCUGGCUUUACAAUGAUACCAGCCAAAAGUAGGUUUAUAACUGAACAUCAUACUGUUUUUGACCUUCCUUAAUUGAUU